GAGAUUUCUGAUUGUUUCGCGAAGUGUGCGUGAUGCGUUGAAAAUAAAUUAAUGUAACAAUAAAAUGUAAACUUUAAGGAAAACAGAAAUGGGUCGAUCAAAAUUUCCUGGGAAACCCUCUAAACAUAUUCUUAGAAAGAGGGUAAAUGUUCUUCCACCAACAGGAGAAAUAACUAAUGUUGAAUCUAAUAGUUCACUGACAGUUAGUUCUGUUGUAGAAAACAAACAGGAUGAAGAUUUGACCGACAGUGAUGGUGAAAGUGCACAUACUGAAACUACUAUAAACAAAAAUGUUUCAAUCAAAAGAAGACUGACUAGGAAGCUAAAAUCCUCAAUACGAAAUAAAAAUGUAACUAAAAGAGCCUUGUUAUCCAAAAUGUGCACUAAAGCUUCUGUGAAAACCAAACUAAAAACAUCUUUAUCCAGAAAAGCAGUACACACUUAUAAUACAUCUUGCCAUGGAAAAGUGACAAAAGAAUCUACUAAUCUUGUCGGUAAAUUCGUUUUACCAACAAGAAGUGUACAUUCUUCUCGUGUAAUUAAACCCAACAAAAGAUUUAUAAGUGAUAUGAAUGAAGCUGUAACUUUGAAAAAGAAGGUUACAAUUGUGAAAAGGCAUUGUGUGAAACAAGAAGAUAGUAAAUCAGUGUUUUCAGAAUCUGGCAGCUUAAAUAGUGAUAGUGAUAAAACAACAUUUACAAAUGGACAUAAAGUAGUACUCAGACAAGCCAGACUUAAAUUACCUAAUGAAAUAGGUUUACAGGGUCCUUUCUCAAGUAAACCCAAUUCAUCUUCAGGGAUUGUUACUUGUGGUGUGUGUGGUGCAGUUAGAUUUUACAGAUUUCUCAAGCAAGCCAGAAAGUUUAACAUCUAUAGUUGUGAGUCAUGUAGAAAGUUUAUUGCAAAAAUGAUCAAAAGGCAAGCAUGCGGUAACAAAAAUAACCAAAUAACUUUAGUUUGCAAUAAAGGACAAGGCAACUGCCAUGUACCUACAGCUGUAAAAAACCAGCAAUGGAGAUUGAGUAAAUGCGGCUAUAGAUGUCCGGCUUGCUGGUUAAAGAUAUGCCUUCGUGCAUUUCAAAUUCCUCCAUCAAUAAAGCAAGGUCUAAGUGGCAUGUUACCAAAAAAUAUGCAAGGGUCAGAUAUUGACUCAAACAAUUCCCAACCUCCCUCUUUAUGGCAGGCAAAUGUUGAAACAAAAAUAGUGAUAGAGAAACCACAAGAGACAACGACUUUGAAACAACGACCUGUAAGAUUUAAAAAUCCAAAAGCUCAAGCAGCACCUUCCCUUCCUAUUUCUAAUUCAGAUAUUAAAAGACAGAAAAUAGAUCUUAAAGGCCCCCGGGUGAAGCAUGUGUGUCGCAGUGCUUCAAUAGUAUUAGGUCAACCACUUGCCACUUUUCCAGAAAGUGAGAAGAAAUGUGAUAACCAGGAACAAGUUAAUGAUAUUAAAAUAGCUGAUGAAAAGAUAGUGGGUGAUAAAACCAUAAGUGAUGUUAAAUUUACUAUCCCUAAUAAAAGUGACUCAAUACUUAGUGAACCAGAAUCAAAUUGUAGUGAUAGGACUUCAAAAAAUUCUAGCAGUGAUUCUACCGAUUUUACCACUAAGAGGGAGAAACUCUACAGAAAUGCUACCUUUGUACCGCAAAGUUCUUCAGAGACUAAAGCACCUGAAAGAAAGAAGAAUCUCGUCGACCCUCAACUAGGCAUACUAACUGACUUCUGGGAUGGUUACGAUCCAGAAACAGUGUGUCAAAAUGGGUUCUGUAUUAUUGGAUCUGAGCAAUUUACCAUGUCAUCAAUAUGUUUUCUUUGUGGAAGCGCUGGGCAAGAACCUAUGCUGUAUUGUUCCAUUUGUUGUGAGCCAUAUCAUUCCUUUUGUCUUGAGCAAGCUCAAAGUUCGCCCAUAGACAAGAGUUUGAAAUAUUAUAUGUGGAUAUGUCCACGAUGUACCACUUGCACAGAAUGUAACAAAGUAGACAGACAAAAAAUCAGUUGUCAAAAGUGUUUGAAAGCAUACCAUCCAGAAUGUUUCAAUUCCAAAUGGAAUAAUGAUGAUAAAUCAAUGGUUUGUUCAAAAUGUAUGAAGUGUAAAAGUUGUGGAACUUUGAGUAUAACAAAAUUUGUUGGGAAUUUGCCACUGUGUAUAACUUGUUUCAAAUUGAGAAAAAAAGGAAAUUUUUGUCCAGUCUGCCAACACUGUUAUGAUGAUAAUGAAUGUUGUUCAAAGAUGAUGGAAUGUGCAAAAUGUUCGAAAUGGGUUCAUGCAAAAUGUGAACAUCUAACAGAAGAGCAAUAUCAAAUGCUGAGUAUUCUCCCAGAGUCAAUAGAGUAUGUGUGUGCUAUAUGUUCUAAAACAUCAACACCAUUGUGGAGGAAGGCUAUUAAUAAUGAAAUGAAAAUGUGCUUUAGCCAAAUUCUGCGCCAGCUUAGUAAGAACAAAACGGCUAGGUAUUUAUUGAAGUUGAGUCCGCUGAACAAUACAACAUCAUUAAAUAAAACUAUAACAAAUGCUAGAAAAGUGCAAUUUAUGGAUGAAAGUAUGGAUGUUGAUAAUAAUAACAGCAGCAAAGAACCAUUAGAUAUAAAUAAAAUUUAUUCUUUUGAAGAAAAUGAAAAGUAUGAAGCCAGCCUUAGUAAAGUAUCUAAUGUGUUAUCUGUAGUAGACAUAAAAAAUAAAUUACUCUCAAAUGAGUACACAUCCAUAAGAGAAUUUAAUAAGGAAAUUGAAGAGUCGUUAAAAUUAACAAAAUCUGAGCAGUUAUUGAAAAUUUAUCAUUCUAUAUUUCAAGAUGUAUUCCCUUGGUACAACCAGUCACAAAAUGAAGAAUUUUCUGGAGUUUUAGAAAAAGAUCCUGAUAAUGAAUCUCAAAAUAUGAUGGUAGAUGAAAAACCUUUUGUGAAUCUUUCUUCGAUAGUUGUAGAUACUCGAACAUGUAGUUUUUGCAAGGGUGUGGGAGAUGGUGUUAGUCAUCGAGAAUCUAGACUUUUAUAUUGUGGGCAAAAUGAAUGGGUGCAUGCCAACUGCGCUCUUUGGUCUUCAGAAGUUUAUGAAGAAAUUGAUGGAUCUUUACAAAAUGUACAAAAUGCUUUAAAUAGAGGACGUAUGAUUAGAUGUGCUCAUUGUAAACAAAAAGGAGCAAGUGUUGGAUGUUGUUACAAAGGAUGUCACGAAACUUAUCAUUUCCCAUGUGCUAGAUUAUCCAAUUUAAAAUUUAUGUAUGAUAAAACUGUGUAUUGUGCAACUCAUGAUUUACCUAAAAAGAGUCAUACCAUUAACGCCGAUAAGGAUUUUGACAUUGAUAGAUGUGUGUUUGUUGAGUUGGAUCAAAAGAAGAAGAAAUACUCAGAAAUAGAUAAGACGACUGUUAUGAUUGGGUCAUUAUGUAUAAAAAACCUGGGAAAAAUCGACCCAAUUGUUUCUGAUACAUCGGAAUAUUUAAUACCAGUAGGAUUUGUAUGCACAAGAUUGUUUUGGUCCACUGUAGAACCCUGGAAACUAGUACCCUAUACUAUCACCACUUCAAUUAAGAACACCAUUAACAAUACACUUGUUAUAGAUAAAAAUUUCACAAUUGAUCAUUCCUGUGACAAAAUAAUUGUAGAUAAAUUAAUGCGAGAAAUAAAUGCGUGGCAAAGAGAUAUUGACAAAAAAUUUAGUGAUACAGAGUUUGAUGAUGACGAAGAACAGCAAAAUGGUGCUGAUAUUCUAUCGCCAGAAUUAACUGAUGCUAUUUUGGAAGAGUUACCUCAUGAUCUUUUGGAUGGCAUUUCAGUACAAGAUAUUUUUCCAAAAUUUUCUUAUGACGAAUUGAUUGAUUAUAAAUCUGAUUUGAAUAAUUUAGAGGGCCUUAAUGAACCAUUAAAAAGAACUGAUUUAGAUGAGGAUGUAGAUACAUAUUUAAAGAGUAAAGAUACUAAGAGAGGAAGGAUUGAUCCAAAUAAGAUUGAUUCUCUAUGCAAAUCCCGUCCAUGCGCGAAAACGUGUAGUUUAACACUGAGCUGCAAAUUAGACAGUUCAUUGUCUCCUGCAAUGAAGAAGAGAAAAAUGGCACCUGCGCGAGAUAAUAACGUUAUCUAUCAGCUACUGCAGGUUGAUGGAAAUUUUGAUGAUAGUAGUUCCAGUGAGUGUGGAUCUCCUACUGGCUUAACUACCUCUAAUCCGUGGGGAACUUAUAUUUCAGAAGAGCCAGUGACGUGUAAUAAGUGUCAAUCUACUUAUAGAACCCAAGCCAGUUAUCAACGACACCUAGAAUCAUGUGAAAUGCUUUGUACAAGUGAUAGUGAUUCAGAAGUAAAUACUGAACAAGAAAUUGUAGCUACAUACAUUAAUCAAAAUCCUAGUUUAGUAGAAAACCAAGUGAUGGUAAAUGCUAGCGAACCAGUUGUGAUAUCUUCAUUUGAGUCUUUCCAAAGUGAAAUACAUACUUCAGUCCUUAAUACUCAAAGCUUUGUAGCAUCCAAAUCAGCAUCAGAAGUAAUUCCUGCCGAAAUAGUUAUUCCAAACAUAACACAAACUACAGAACAAAAAACUAUAUUGCAAGCUCUUCCAAUAAAUACAGUGACUCCUAUAACACUAGAAACUACUCAGUCUGAUCCGAAUUACCAAUCAACUGUAAUAGGUGAACCUUCUAUUUCAAUUCAAACUAACCAGCCUCAGUUUUGUGUGAAUCAAACUGUGCCUUUAUGUGUAAAUCAACCAAUUACCCUACAACAAAACAGUAUUCAAGUUAAUCCUACCUCAACUUAUUCCGGAAAUCCAAUUUUAUCUAUAAAUCCUAGUGGCUCUAUAUCGUUAAAUCCAGUUCAGCCCAGCAAUUCUAUAACCAUAAAUCAAAUAAAUCAGCAGCCCAUUCAACAACCCAUAGAUUUUCAUCAAGCACAGUCAGUUACUAUUCAAUCAAUUCCUUAUAAUAACCUCUUGAAUGUAGGAUCUCAAAAUCAAUAUACAUUGAAUAGUAAACUGUUAACAAAUCCAGUAUUACAAUCCGUCAAUAUCCCAAAUACACAGUGGGUAAAGCAAGUUACUAAACCAACAUUAAUAGCUCAAAAAGCUGUGAAAACUAAGACUCGCAGUAGAACUUUAGCAGCUAAACGGUCUCAUUUUGAAGAAGGAGAAACAAUUAUUCUUCCUCAAAACUCUCCUGGUCAAGUAAUAGUGCAACAUUUGCCGUCCACGAAUUAUGUACCAUUUGUUGAUACAUUUCAACAACCAGGUCAAAAUGUACAAUAUGUUGCAACUAUUACUCCUCAAGUUAACACUGUGCCUACUCAGUCCUUAGUACAAAUACAACCAGAUAAUAAUAUCAUAAGCAUAGUUCCUGGAUUACAGCAAGCUAUGUAUAUUCAGCAACCUCGAGUCGAAAACCAAUUAGUUGUGGAUAGUAAUGGUACACUUGGUUGGUCCCAACAACAAACAGUCCAGCCAGUAUAUUAUGGUUUUGAAACUAUAGUUCAAAAUACUGUGAUGCAGUCUCAACAGUUCCUGCCAACAACGAUGCCUGGAGUUUUAACAGCCAACAGUAGUUACUCAACUACUACUCAAGUCUUUCAAACCAGUAAAUUGGAACCAGUAUUGGAUGUAUCGUCUAAUAGUUUUGUUUUAGUGAAUCCAGGACAAUUGGUAAAUUCACAAUCAAUUGUUAACUCGCAACCCAUAGUGAAUUCACAACAAAUUGUAAAUUCUCAAUCACAAACUAUUAUUAAUGCACAGCCGAUAAUUAACUCGCAUCAAACACUUAACCAUCAACCUGUGGUCCACUCUCAAUCAAUAGUUAACUCUCAACCAGUAGUUAGUUCACAACCAAUAAUCAACUCUCAGUCGAUAGUUAACACGCAAUCUAUCAAUCACCCGAUUGUCAAUUCACAACCAGUGGUCAAUUCGCCGUCUAUAGUAAAUUCACAAACAAUGUCUAGCCCACAGUCAAUAAGAAAUUCUCAACAGCUCCAUAGUCAGCAAUUGCCGGUCAUUUCGCAACCAGCAGUAAGUUUGCAGCAUAUGGUGAAUUCUCACCCUUCAUUGGUUAAUAAUUCACUCCAAACACCACAAUCAUCCAAUAAUAAUAGUCAUACUUUAACGAACCCAGUAAUAUCUCAACCGCUGAUUAUUUCUCAUCCCGUAGAGUUUCAGCAAGCUCAAUCUAUAAAAACAACAUUAAAUAACGUGUUACCUCACAGGCAAGAAUUGAAUAAUAUUUUGCCUAAUAGACAAGAAAUUAGAAUACAAGAAGUAAAUAACGUAGUACCUCAAAGACAAGUAGUGAAAACAUCACGUCCUCAAAUACAACUGAAGCCAUCACAACCACAGACAAUUAAAUAUUCUCAAGCAUCACAUAAACCCAUGACCCCUGUGAUAGGUCAUGGAAUUUCACUUCCAACUGCUCCUUUUGUGUCAGAACAACGUAUACCUACAAAUAUUGUUACACCAAUUCCUAAACCAUCUUCGACUCCUAGUCGUCCAAUGAGUAGGGUGUUGCCAAUGCCCACAAAUAACACCAAAGAAGCAAAAAAGUUUAUAUUCGAUGAUGAAAAGCUUUUAAUUUCUGAAGAAAAGAAAAAGGCCUUACAAGUGCAAAAAGUUCAUGAGAUUAAAGCUAACAAUAUAAAGAAUGUAAGUAAAAUAGAUUCUAAUAAGAGAAUUGAAAUAGUAGAAUCCAAAACUAUUAGACCGGCUUUCAAACAAUUACUGCCAACUAAACCUUCUCCAGUAUUGAAAGAAGAAAAGAAAGACGAAUGCGUCAAACCUGAAUUGACUAAAAACUGUGUCAGUAUUGAAAAAGUAAAUCCGUUAAAAAUGGAACCUUUAAAAAUAGAACCUAUUAAAAUAGAAAAAUGUCCAAAGAAAGAAGUAAUAAGAGAAGAAGAGGAGGAGAAACCCGUUGAAAUAUCUAUACCUGAAGAUACAAGAUUAGAUAAAUCUUUAAAAUUGAUAUUUCAAAAACAAGGGCAAGAUGGGACAUACAAAAUCAGUUCCAAUUUUUUUACGAGACAACCUAUACAAGUGGCGCCAUUAAAACCAAUUAAAUCAAGUAUGUGUACUCAAAACCAACCAACUUCAUUAAAACAAACAAAAGAAUUAAAGUCAAAAAUGAAGGAAGAACCAAAACCUGAAGAAAAAUUAGAGAAAAUUGAAGAUACUCUCAAACCACAAGUUACUAGAAAAGAAAAUGAAAAUACUCCAACAGUUCUGUACACAAUGGAAACUCAAGAUGGCUUUAAAUAUUCUUCAUCAUCGGUGGGAGAUCUAUGGUCGAAGGUUUUAGAUGCUGUACAAUCAGCAAGGGCAGCUCAUAACAUGCCUCCUUUACCGACAAAUAAUGGCAGCAUGCUUAACUCCUUGCAGAUAUUGGGCUUUAAGCCCAAUGGUUCGAAGUAUUUAAUAGAACAGUUACCUGGAGCUAAUAAAUGUACAAAAUAUAAAUCAAUUUUCAACUUCCCUCCACAUCCCAGUGAUAUAGAUAAUGAUUUAACCCAGGACCAUAUACAUGGAGCAAUACGUUGUGCCCCUUACGAGAAUAAAAAAGACGAACCAUUUGAUAUGUUUGGGUGGCUGUCUUCACAGCAUCGACAGCCAGAAGAAAUAUCUUUGGAUAAUUUGGAAAUAUUGCCCAGAAGGGUGAUAAAUCUGCCGAUGGCUAUGAAGUUCAGGCAGUUGAAACUAACUUCCAAAUAUUCAGUAGGAGUUUAUCGAUCUUGUAUACAUGGGAGGGGCUUGUUUUGUUUGCGUGAUAUAGAAGCGGGUGAGAUGGUUAUUGAGUACGCUGGAGAGGUUAUUAGAUCGAUUUUGACUGAUAAAAGAGAAAAAUACUAUAACUCUAAAGGUAUUGGUUGUUAUAUGUUUAGAGUGGAUGACAACUUUGUUGUUGAUGCAACUAUGAAAGGAAAUGCAGCCAGAUUCAUCAAUCACUCUUGCGAUCCCAAUUGUUACUCAAGAGUGGUUGAAAUCCUUGGUCACAAGCACAUUAUAAUCUUUGCAUUACGAAGAAUACUUAGUGGAGAAGAACUAACAUAUGAUUACAAAUUUCCUUUUGAAGAAGAUAAAAUUCCAUGUACAUGUGGCUCUCGAAAAUGUCGGAAGUUUUUGAACUGAUUCACAGUGAAUAAACCUGUUAAUAUUUGUAAAUUUUUCAUUGUAUUUAUACUGUAUAUAUCUCAGAAUUUUAAAAUCUUUUGUUAUAUUUCAAAAAUGUUCUACAAUUCAAUAGAUAAAGGGCACAUUUUUAGUUACCUGUAUGAAUUCAAAAUAUUCAUAGUAAAUAUUUUAAGUAACUAAAAUAUAGCAUUAACAUAAAAAUAUUAAUUUUUUGGUCAAAUAUAAUCUUAAUUAAUGUUUUUUUGCAUAUUUUUAUUUGUAAAAAUGCUAGUAAUUGCAUAGCUGAGGAUUUUAAUCAAUUUUCCAUCUUAAUAUUUUCUCAUCUAUCCUUAUUUCCAAGUGGUUUGAUACAAUUUUUUCAAUUUUAUUGUUUAUUCAUAUAUUGCAGAACAAAUGACAUUUAGGUAUAAGAAUUACUAAUUAAAUGUUUAUGUUUUAAGAAAUUAAUAUGUAAUCAAAAAUUAAUCAAAAGUGGACUGUGAUUCUUGUAAAUUUCUUCACUUUAAUAUUUAAAAAAAAAUCUUCAUAUAAUCAAGUAUCUUGAUUUAAACAAAAAUUGACAUGUUAUUUUGCGCAAUAUUUCAAUAGUAGUUUCAUUAUAUAUUUUUGAAAUAUAACAAAUUGUAACUUCCUUCCUGAUGUAGCACCUAUUAUGGCCAUUAAAGAUUAAUAACAUUCUCAAAUUAAAUAUAAGUUUUUGUAAAGUCAGUAUUCAAAAAUUUUGUAAGCAUUUUGGCUGUGAGGAUAUAUAUGCAUUUGUGCCAUUGGCUCCAUAGGUGCUAUAUAUAAUAAAUUUUGAUAAAAUAAUACCAUGUGAUAUGUUGUGCAUAAUAUUGAGGAAACUUUUUCACUUAAUACAUCUACAUAUUUCAACGUAUUUAAUGCUCGUUCUUUAUUUGAAUUUAGUUUGUUUUUCUCGACAUUAUGUAAAAAACGAGCUAGAAGUAAGUUUGUUUUUGACUGUAUUUUGUGAAUAAAAUAUUUUGUUUAUACUACGUUUUCAUCGAUAUACACAAUUUUACAAGCUUUCACGUCAAAGCCUUUUAAUACAUUGCCACACAAUUUUAAAAAAUAUUUUUUAUCACGCCUCAAGUUUUAUAAAUUUCGAAUUUAUGUUAUUUCAGUGUUACGUGUUUUUAAACAGAAGUUUCUGAGAGAUAGAAUGUAUCUUCAUGGGCAAUACUAAAAAUAUUACACAGACUUUUGGGUUAGAAAGGUUUUAAUGGAUUUUAAACACAACAUAACAUUGUGUUAUCUGUCAUUACUGUAAUAAUACUAUUUCUUCUCAUAUCUCAUUAAUUAUCAGUUAUUGUCGAGAUAAUCUAUUUCAAUAUCAAUUGAUCUGGAUGAAUAUUUAUGUAUUCUCAAUGAUCUAGCAGCAAUGAAAGCGCUGUUGAAAUAUGUUAAAUUGAAUACAUUUAAAACUUCUAAUUUUCAUAAUUUUGUUUUCAGAGAUACUUAACUUUCAUUAAGAAUCCAAUUGCUAAAAUAGUGAAUUACCUCGAUAUAUUUAUGCAUUUACCAAUGUAUUUAUUACCCGUGGUAAUGCUCUCUAUUAUAACUGUUUUAUAAAAGCAGCAACGGUGCCAGAUAUUAAAAUUCAAUUACAUUAUAACAUGUUGAUCCGUCUUAAAGAAUCAAAAUAAGUAGGAAUACACUAUUAUUGAUGUACCUCCCAUACUUAACCUUGCGCAACUUAAAUGAUUGAUUGUACCAUACAAGCUAACAUCAAUCUCGGAGACCCUUAGAUGAAAGUGGUACAUCGUUAGAAGGCAAAGUGUUGAUAAUGUAUCAUUCAUAGUAGAGAAUAAAGCAUUCUUAUUCAUAAUCAUUUCCUUUACUUAUCAUACAUAAUUAUAUUAAACGGAAUUGAACAAAUUUCUAGAAAAUUAAAGUAAUGAACUUAAAAAUUGAAAAUUUAUUAUUAUUGUAGAAGAAACCAAAAUGAGGAUUCCCUAAACGUCAGUCUUUUAAAAGCACAAACUAUAACACCUAAUUACCGACUUGAAAUUUUGUUGUUGAAAUUAGUCUAUGAAUUCAAUACAUUCUUUGCAUGCUGGCGUUAUAUGUUGCAAACAUAUAAAUUUUUUACAUUUAUAGCACUUAUAUUUAGUCUUUUUGCUUUUCUUACUUGAACAAUAAUAACAUCGGAUACAGAAUCUAGUGGAACCUCAUUUGCGGUGUCAGAAAUUUUGUAAAUAUCCCCAAUUCUCAUCUUUAUGAUUUUAGAAUGUUUUUGGUAUAGAAGCAUAGCAUGUCACUCAAUCAACUGGUUGCACAGAAGAACACUCCUCUUGGUUAUUUUCACUGUACAUCACAUAUGAGUUAAUAGCUGCUAUAUUUAGUGCGCCAUAAAAAAUUAACAUCGGCCAACAUCGCGAAAUUCGCGCGAAGUUGUAUGCUGCGCAUAAUUUAUCUAAGGUGUCUACAUCACCUUUAGUUGAGUUGUAAUCAAUGAUCAUAUCAGGUUUAACAGUUGCUCUGUCUAUGAUAUCAUCUCUAUGCAUUGUAGAAAGAAGGAAUACAUUUUUGUUCUUUCGUGAAAUAUACGGCACUAGAGUACAUGUCUCUUGAAAAGCGAGCAUAGAACUUUUCUCAGGAUUUUUUAACUUCAUCUCUUCUGGAAUGUUUGGUUUAUUAUUCCUUAGGGUACCUAUGAGUAUUAAGCUGUGGUCCUUGAGAAGUUUAGAAGUCAAAUCAGUGCUUGUGAAAAAAUUAUUCAUUGUUAUGUUGCUUUAGAUCCCCACACUGGUUCACACAACCUGGGAACUAAAGAUAUAUUCGAUGUGUCAAGACAAUAUAAACCUGCUGGUUGUCGUCCAACAUAUACAUAUUUCCAUUUUACCUGUAUAAAAUAUUUUUGCAUGGACCAUCAUAUUUUUGUCGUUUUGUUCUUGUUGUUUUAUCGUCCAGUCGGAAAUUUUGAGGUAAGAAUUUAAAUCUUUCUAAUGACAUUGUCAGCCUGAAUAUUUUGGAUACCAUGCCAUCUGUUCAAAAGAGAUGGAGAAUGUUGUGAUAAUUGCUUUUCAUUUUACCAGCAAUAUAAAACAAUCCAAGCAGAGCUUUUAUUUGAUCUUUGUUCGUUGGUCUUGCCGUUCUGUUCGUUUCUGAGUGUUGCUUACUUUCAAUCUGCAUAUUUUUGUGUGCUAUCAUAUUUUCUUUCAUGCCAUCUGUGAUAAAUAGACCAUAUUUCAGUUGAUACUGUCUUCUUUUUCGAUUCUCCUUUUAUUCCUGGCAGCUGAGUUGUCAGCACGAGUUCUGAUGUUUGAACAUUUUCCUAAAUGCUUCUUCCAUUUGGUGCCAUCUUUUGAUAUAAAUAAGGUUCACGAUGUCUUCUCAAUUCAAAUCCAUCUAUCUCCCUAUCAGAUAUGUCUUGUUCUGUGUCAGAAUUCUCAUCUUGAAUUUCGACAUUAUCUUCUUCAAGAUUGCUCUCACUGUCAUAAGCUUCUUCAAUUCCAUCUGAUUCAGCUUCAUCCCAAAGAUGCUGGAGUGUUUUCUGUUCGUCUUCAUAACUUCCUGAAGCCAUUUUCUCCAAACAAUACCACAUAAAUAAGAGGAUACGUAAUUGGAUUAGUAAAUAUAUUUCAAAAUAAAAUUUUUACUUACUUUAUACAAUUAUACUGAAGCUAACGUCAGUCUAUAGGACCGAGCACGUGUUAAACGAAAGGUAACAUCCGUUGCAAAGACCGAAUUCACUCAAAACCACUGACACGUUUGAUACAUGCAACUCACAAUUUUGUACCGAAGAGAGUAGGAAGGGGUAGGAAGGUACUGAAAGCCGUCAGGCUUAGCUGGACAUAAUCGUAAAUUUUCGGAAAAAUUGUAAACUCUUGGUCUCUGAGACCGCAUGUUAGCUUCAAAAGAUUAAGUGAACUGCAAAUACUAUUUAAAACAUCUAUUGUUAGUCUCACGUAUUACAUUUUUCUUUCGGGUUUAUAUUUAUAGUAACUAAAUUUUUGUAUUAGGCACUGUAGCCACUUUUACAGAAAACAUGUUUUUUAUUUAUAUUAUUUUACUAUCAGUGGAUUGAAGAUAGGUUAUCCUUAACUCCUUUGAACUUAUAUAUGAGUAUAUCCAGUAUUUACCCAAAAGAUAUGCGUUUUAUUUUUACUUAUAAAAAAAUUGUGGAAAAUGUUGUUCUGAAGUGUUUUUAUUUUGGAAACUUCGUAUGUGAAUCUUAUCUUUUAGGUUUCAUAUACCAUAAACUUUUCGUUGACCUUGGCUUUUAUAUGUAUACUCAACAAUGUAAGGUUUAUGGUAAAAUAUUUUUUUUUAUUUUUUUUGUACACAAGAAUUGAAUAUAUUUUGUAAAGAAUAAAACAAAAAUAGAGUAUUUUAUAAAAAUAUAUUUUAGAUGUUUAGAGUUUUUCGCGUUUAUUUUGCUGUUUUAAACAAUUCGUAUUUGGAUAAUUUUACAAACACUUUAAAUUAUUUUAAUUAUUGAUCAAAUAAUAAGCACCACUUAGUAAGGGUUUGUUUUCACUGGUUAAGUUACCAAAAUAAAAAUUAUAUCUGUGGAGUUUAUUAUAAUUUCGGACAAAAUUGAGGAUAUAGCUACUAAUUGUAAAUUAUAAUAUAAGAUGCCUAUGCCUCGAUGGUUGUUUGACAUGAUUAUUUGAAGCCAGUAACAUUUUCUCCCAUUAUUAAAACAAAUCAAAUUCUAUUGUGUUGUUCGUAGAUAGUUUCUCUAUUUCUUAGACCAUAUUAAAUGCUUUCCUCGUGAUCAGGACUGACGUCGGUCUUCAGGGCAGCUCUGACCAUGUAGGCAUAAGCUAUACUGACAGAAACAGCCAUUUGAGCGCGUCAGUGAUUCUUGCUAAUAAGUCAAGGCUACCAAGGUAAAAAUGAGAUAUUACCUCCGAUUUUCAUGAACCUGCAUUGAUUUGCAUGAAAAUUUGGAAUUAAGUUUGACUCCAUCAUACGUUAGGGUACGAUUUGUAAGGUCAUAUAUCAGUUAUUUUAGAAGUUACAAAAGAUUCAAAAAAAACAAAUAUUUGUUUAAAAAAAAUAUUAACUUUUUGUUCCCUAUCAAUUUUCAUGUAUAUCCUAUAGUUUUUGAAACAUUUCGAAAAUGAUUUUUCGACUUAAAACAUAAUUUUUCUCGAAAUGAUGCAUACAUACAUAUUUUUAUUGGGGACUAUUGCUAACGUUGAAAUUGAGGGUUUUUUUUACAAAAAAAAUAUAAAUCGAUUUUAUUUCGGACAUAAUUUUCUUAGUUUUUAUGCUAUAGAAUACUACUAUCUCUCAUUUUAAAGCUUUUAAAAAGAUAAUAUGCAAUUAUCUGGAAAAGUUGAUUGUUUCUAGGAAUAUUUUUUGCUUGAAAUUUGGUCCUCCAUCAAUUUCCGCGGUUAUUUUAAACAUAAAAAUUUUCACCUAAUUGGGGUGGAACUUACCCCUAAGGCAAAAGGCGUAGGGUAGAUUUUUCUUUUUGAAGUAUUUCCUACAUGCUGUCAAAAUUUCAUUAAAAUCGAUGCAUGUUCAUGGAAAUCGGAGGUGAAAACCUUGGUAUCUUGGAUUGUAUCCAAUGCUUAGGAGAAAGAUAAUAUACAGAUAGAACAUGUGGCAACAGCAACUUACUAUGUGGAAUCUAUCUCAUGUUUAUAUAAAAAUAAUGAAUGCAAAAUCCGUCAAGACACCACAGGAAGGCCUUAAAGUUAAUUUUUAAAGAGCAUAGGAAUUGAAUAUUUUUUUUACUAGCCUAAAAGUACUUAUUUACGAGAUGAAUUGGCGUGUUUAAAAUUUAGUAUGAUUCUCAUUAAAUAACUGACAGUUUAAAAUUGUCAAAUAUAAGUGAUAUUGCAAGAACAUAUUUCAUUUGUAUUAACCAAUUGAAUCUCAAUUCGUUCCAAAUUUAUGUCAAAUUCCUAAGAUUAAAAUAGUUUAUACACUCUACAGUAAAACCAUACGAACUUGAAUAAAUAUUUAUGUAAAUUUAGAACUGUUAUAUACUAUCUGAAGUGACAAUAUUAACAUAUCAAUACUAUAUUUAGUAGAAUACGAUUAUUCUACAGCGUGAUAAGUGGCCUUGUAAUGUACAUACAUCAAUAUGGAUUGAUUUUUCCAGUGUCUUAAGAUAAUGAAUUUUAACAAAACUAAUCAUACCCUAUUUGGUGCUUACUACUUGUAUUUUUUUCAGCAGCUGUGCUAUAAACAUGUAUUUACUUUGUCAAUAAAAAUUAUUCAAACACCA